UUCAGACCCCUUUGCAAGGAUAACGCGCUAGGAAUCUACGAACAAAGGAGCAAUAAUUAAUUAAUUAAAUUUUAGCGCGCUAUUCGGAUAGAACAUCCCCUUUCUCAACUCGUUUCCUACAGGCAGUGCAAAACAAAAAGUGCAGGCAUUAAUUAAUUUAAUGCAUAUGUACAAUAUCCUGGAAGUACAAAAGCGGAUACACGAUAUCCUUUACGGCGACCGCGUCUAACCGCCAAAAGUACAAUAUGAAAACUGAAAAUGUUCCAGCCCAGUACUAAAAGAGAUAUCUGAUUGUCUAGAAUUGACUAGGCAAAAUAACUUGACCCAAAGCAAUAAUCCCCAAAAGGAUCAGCAGGAUGCACCAGGUACUUAGCUACGAGACGGCGGUGAGGGCCAACAGCUCUCGCGAAUUCCGCGAAUAUGUCUCAAAGCGCACUUGUGCCUCCCUGGUCCUAACGAUUGCCUUCUUCAUGCUGAUAACAGGAUACUUGCUGGGCGAUUUCGUGGCCGAGCGCAAGUAUCACAUACGCCAGAUGACAAAGGGCAUAGUUAAGGAUGCGGACAACGACAGGACCGUGAAGCUGAACAGUGCCGAGUACGCAAGCCUGCAGGAGCUGCAAACAUAUCAGAAGGCCAAGGGUCAACUUCUUGUGUCCGCCCAAGUCCUCGAUAAGCUUCAGCAGCAAGAUGAGAGCGAACGAUAUCUGGCCACUUCGCUGAACACGGAGAUCUUCAACAAGUAUAUAUCCUGCACCCAGGACAUACCACCGAAUACGAACAUAGCGGCAAGCCAAUUCACCGAGCAGCUAAUCGACAAUACGGUGGCCAGGCAGCGUCACUGCAUGAGGAUCAUCCAGGUGGUCAUCGACAACCAUUUGGCCAACAGCCAGCUCUAAGCUGAAGAUCCGGAUUCCAAGGAUGGUUUAGCGGACCAACGUUCGAAAUUUAUUACUUAUGUAUGUGCUUCUAGGUGUGCUCAAUGUGUGUGUUCCCAGCUAAAUAGAAAGUAACUUUUGUACAUCAUUGUGCACUACAAACAUUUUUUAUACGCUUCUUAAAUUAAAAUAAAAAAUAGAUGUUA